CUUUUUUUUCCAGCCCAGUCCUCGUCUUUCAUUGAUCGUCUAAUUCUGUUCAUUCAUUUCUCCAUUCCUGCUCUCACACUAAUUUACAAUUUGCAAUGUCCGUUGCUCCUCGUCUUGUAAUCGUUUCUUCUCGAGUCUUGCGCUCACCCGCUGCCCCUCCAGCUCCAGCCACCAUUGUCGUCGACAAAGCAUCAGGCAAGAUCAUGGAGGUGCUUGAUACCAUCAAAACCCCUGCAGAUUAUGCUCACGCUGAGGAUGAGUUUAUUGAUGCUGGUGAUAAUGUCGUCAUGCCAGGAGUAGUUGAUGCUCAUGUUCACAUCAAUGAGCCUGGCAGAACAGACUGGGAGGGCUUUACAACUGCCACCAAAGCAGCAGCAGCAGGCGGCGUCACAACAUUGAUCGAUAUGCCUCUAAACUCCAUCCCUCCAACCACAACUGUUGAAAAUCUUCAUGUUAAGACCAAUGCUGCCCGUGGUCAGACCCAUGUGGAUGUCGGAUUUUACGGUGGAGUAAUUCCAACGAAUGUGGAAGAUCUUUUACCAUUGGUGAAGGAGGGUGUCAAAGGAUUCAAAUGUUUCAUGAUUGAAUCGGGUGUGGAUGAGUUCCCCUGUGUGAAUGAAGAACAAAUUGAGGCUGCAAUGAAGAAGUUUCAACUGACGGAUUCAGUGUUCAUGUUCCAUGCAGAGAUGGAUUGUGGUGACAUCCCCAAGCCUGAAGGAAUGGAUCCCAAGGCUUUUAAUACCUUCUUACAUUCACGUCCUCAAGUGUUGGAGACGAAUGCGAUCCGCACGAUUAUCAAGUUGGCUAAAAAGUAUCCCCAGGUGCGCUGCCAUAUCGUCCAUCUUUCUGCAUCAGAUGCAUUGCCUAUGGUUCGUCAGGCGAAAGCUGAAGGAGUCUUGUUGACUGUGGAGACUUGCCCACAUUAUCUCUCAUUGAAUUCGGAGAGUGUUCCUGAGGGAGCGACCGAGUACAAGUGUUGCCCACCUAUCCGUGAAGAUGAAAACCGAAACAAGUUGUGGGAGGCAUUAAAGGAAGGAACGAUCGAUUAUGUCGUCUCAGAUCAUUCUCCUUGUGUCGUUGAACUCAAGUUGAUGGACGAAGGCGACUUUGUUGGCGCCUGGGGCGGUAUUGGUGGGCUUCAGUUUGGCAUUCCUGUUGUCUGGACUGAGGCUCGUCGCCGUGGAUGCAGUCUCCAAGAAUUGACAAAGUGGCAGAGUUACAACACAGCUCGCCAGGUUGGAUUGGGUGGCGUCAAGGGUUCAAUUGAAGUUGGUGCGGAUGGAGACUUUGUGAUCUGGAAUCCUGAUGAGACUUUCGUAGUCACAAAAGAGAUUAUUGAAUUCAAGAACAAGGUGACUCCUUACAUGGGCCGUACCCUACAUGGUGUUGUCAAGGAAACCUUUGUUCGCGGACAGAAAGUUUGGUCCCAGGGCAAGUUCAUGUCCGACAAAGCACUGGGAAAGCUUUUGUUGUAAAUAAUUGAUAAAUAAAACCUAAUAAAAC